AUGGUCUCGAAAAAUAUCUUCCGUGUACUGCCACCGUCAGACAAUUCCGAAUUUGAUCCUGAGGAAGAUGAGCCCACAUUAGAAGUGUCUUGGCCACACCUACAGCUUGUCUAUGAAUUAUUCCUACGCUUUCUGGAAUCACCAGACUUCCAAGCAUCAAUUGGAAAGAAGUACAUUGAUCAGCGCUUCGUCCUAAAUCUCCUUGAUCUAUUUGAUUCCGAGGACCCACGAGAGCGCGACUUUCUAAAGACGGUUCUGCAUCGUAUCUACGGGAAGUUCUUAGGACUCCGGGCUUUUAUUCGAAAACAGAUCAACAAUAUGUUUUUGUCCAUCAUCAAUGGUUUUGCCCUGCCGUUAAAACAAGAACAUAAAGUGUUUCUUGUGAAAGUUCUGCUGCCACUGCACAAGCCAAAGUGUCUAUCUCUGUACCAUGCUCAGGUUGCUGAACGGGCGCUAUAUUUCUGGAAUAACGAGUACAUUCUGUCACUAAUUGAGGAUACAAGUGCACAAGGUUAUGUGCCUAUAAUGUUCCCGGCAUUGUAUCGCAUUUCGAAAGAGCACUGGAAUCAAACAAUCGUGGCUCUAGUCUACAACGUCUUGAAGACCUUCAUGGAGAUGAACGGCAAACUGUUUGACGAGCUGACCAGCACCUACAAAAUGGAACGACAAAAGUUGAUUAAACGUGCGGCACUAAACGAGCUUAUUGAUCAUAUAACAACCACAAAAGGUGCAAUAGUCGAGUCGAUUUAUCCUGAGGUAAUCAAAAUGGUCUCGAAAAAUAUCUUCCGUGUACUGCCACCGUCAGACAAUUCCGAAUUUGAUCCUGAGGAAGAUGAGCCCACAUUAGAAGUGUCUUGGCCACACCUACAGCUUGUCUAUGAAUUAUUCCUACGCUUUCUGGAAUCACCAGACUUCCAAGCAUCAAUUGGAAAGAAGUACAUUGAUCAGCGCUUCGUCCUAAAUCUCCUUGAUCUAUUUGAUUCCGAGGACCCACGAGAGCGCGACUUUCUAAAGACGGUUCUGCAUCGUAUCUACGGGAAGUUCUUAGGACUCCGGGCUUUUAUUCGAAAACAGAUCAACAAUAUGUUUUUGUCCUUUGUCUACGAGACGGAUUCAUUCAACGGCGUUGGUGAACUGCUGGAAAUUCUUGGAAGCAUCAUCAAUGGUUUUGCCCUGCCGUUAAAACAAGAACAUAAAGUGUUUCUUGUGAAAGUUCUGCUGCCACUGCACAAGCCAAAGUGUCUAUCUCUGUACCAUGCUCAGCUUGCCUAUUGCGUUGUGCAGUUUAUCGAGAAGGAUUCGAGCUUGACACCGCAAGUUUUUGAUGCACUGCUGAAAUUUUGGCCCAGGACAUGCAGCAGCAAGGAGGUCAUGUUCCUUGGUGAAGUUGAGGAAAUUUUGGAUAUCAUAGAACCUGAGCAAUUCAAGAAAAUCAUAGACCCGCUGUUUCGGCAGUUGGCGAAAUGCGUGAGCAGUCCGCACUUCCAGGUUGCUGAACGGGCGCUAUAUUUCUGGAAUAACGAGUACAUUCUGUCACUAAUUGAGGAUACAAGUGCACAAGUUAUGCCUAUAAUGUUCCCGGCAUUGUAUCGCAUUUCGAAAGAGCACUGGAAUCAAACAAUCGUGGCUCUAGUCUACAACGUCUUGAAGACCUUCAUGGAGAUGAACGGCAAACUGUUUGACGAGCUGACCAGCACCUACAAAAUGGAACGACAAAAGGUAAUAAAUUCAAUGUUUUGA